AUGCGAUUUCACACAUCGUUCACCUUUUGCCCUCCUUCCGCCCAUGUCUGCUGCGGAAUCUGGUGUCUGUGGGUGUUUUGCCGCCAUCACCAACCAGACGUAUGGAACAGCCUGACCUACUCAGACGGCGACAGUCAAUCUGCCAGACAGGCAUCCCGACCAGACGCCUCGUGUCUUGUGGCCGACUCGAAGCUUCCGGACUCGGAGUCCCGAGAUCCCCUCGACGGCUCUAUUGCGGUGUCUCAUCAGGCCGAUCCUGAGUAA